UACUUCUAUAGCGCGCCAAUUUGUAUAGAUCUAGAUCUACUCUACUGUCUUGAGGUCUCCUAAGACAAGACAUUGAUUGUGCUCUGGCUCAUGGUUCAUAAUAAAGAUUGUUGAUUUCACCUGAGAAUGUCAAGAAAUCUAAAUAAGAUGCCUACUAAGAGACGACUUCAGAAUGUCCUUGAUGAACUUGCUGAUGAUGUGCUGAGUUUAAGGAGUGGAGGAACAGAUGAUGAAGAUCCUAUCUCAAUACACAUUAAACCUAAGUCUAAGGCAACAACAAGGACUGAUACAAUGAUCAAAUGUAAAAUCUUGUCUGAGGAUGAACAGGAAAAUGAAGUUAGUCUAUUUGAAAUAGUGAAAGCUGGGAAAAACUGUCUUCAGGCUGUUGUUGAUGAUUGGAUAGAUAGCUACCAGAAAGACAAGACUAUUGCUGUACUUGAAUUGGCACAGUUUUUCAUUACCUGCUCAGGCUGUAGAGGCAAAAUCACCAAGACCAUGCUGGAGAAAAUGGAGCCUUCAGAGAUUGUCUCCAAAAUGUCCUCUAACUUUGGAGCAGAAAACAGCCUCUAUCCAUUGAUUCAAUCAGGUGUGCAGUGGAAAAAGUUCAAAACUUCAUUUUGUGAGCUAAUUCAAGUUCUCGUUCGCCAGUGUCAAAAUAGUCUCAUUUAUGACCAGUUCAUGAUGGACCGGAUCAUUUCACUUCUGAUAUGUCUGACUGAUACACCAGUCCGUGCUUUCCGACACACAAGCACAUUAGCAGCCAUGAAGCUGAUGACUGCCUUGGUAGAUGUUGCUUGCAAUGUCAACCUCCAGUGGAAAAAUAUCAACAGGCAAGUUGUGUCUGAAAGAGAAAAAGACCAAAAAAACUGCUCAAAAGAUCGUUUGGAAAAUCUGUCAAGAAAAUUACAAGAGCUUGAAGAAAAUGUGAGCGAACUGAAUAACAUGAUUGCUUAUAUCUUCAAAGGAGUAUUUGUUCAUAGAUACAAAGACACAGUGCCUACAAUUCGUGGCCUGUGCCUAUCAGAGGCCGGUGUUUGGAUAAAGAAGUGUCCUGAAAUGUUUUUAGAUGACAGCUACUUGAAGUAUAUUGGUUGGUCAUUGUAUGACAAGGAUGGAGAAGUGAGAUUGUGUUGUAUGAAAAGUCUCUUGCCAUUGUUUGAGCAGGCUGAGCUCUUAUCCCAGCUGGAGUUCUUCACAAGAGUAUUUAAGGAUAGAAUUUUGCAAAUGACUAUGGAUAAAGAGACUAAUGUAGCUGUGAAAGCUGUUCAACUGCUCACUUGCAUAUUGAAAUACUCAAGUGCCAGUCAUGAGAUUGUGCUUUCAGACAAAGAUUGUGAACAAAUUUAUUGUUUAGUUUAUGCCACCAGACAUCCAGUAGCUGUAGCUGCUGCCCAUUUUGUCAACCUGAAGUUGUUUCAGGAAGCAGCUAUGGCAUCUCCUGCUAAAACAGCUAGUGGAAAAACUAGAAGUCCAAACACAAUGUUCAUGAAAGACUUGAUACAGUUUUACAUUGAGAGUGAACUGAAUGACCAGGCACCUUAUCUAGUGGACAGUAUGUGGGGAGUGAAUAAAAUGAUGAAAGAUUGGGAAUGCAUGACUGACCUUUUGUUGGAGGAACCUGGACCUCAGGAAGAAGGUCUAGAUGAUAGUCAGGAAACUGUUCUGAUUGAGAUAAUGUAUUUUUGUGUCAAGCAGUCUGUUACUGGACAGUCUCCAGAAGGUAGAGGACCUCAUAAAAAGUUGUCCACUAAAGACAUUAAUCAAAUCAAAGAAGACAAAGAAAAGAUAACCAUGCACUUUAUUGUUACUCUCCCUGAACUAUUGAUGAAGUAUUUGAUGGAUCCAGGGAAAGUGACCCACCUCCUGAAUAUUGUUCUGUUUCUUAAGUUAAAAUUAUACAUUAAAGCAAGACAAAAGAAUAGUCUUCAGCUAUUGUUGGAAAAUAUUAAAACUGUUAUGGAGAGACACUCCAGUGAUGAGGUUUUAGAAACAGGUUCUAAAUGUUUACAAUAUUUGUGCAGUGAAGAGACUUCUUUAACUAGCAUAUGUCAAAUUGUUCUCAGAUCUCAAGUUGAUCUUUUUGUUAUCAAAUUUUUAAGAGCAGUUGAUCUUGUGUUUAGGAAGGAAUCGUCCCAUAUUGAAGAUGAUGUAUACUCCAUGCUUUCUGCUUUGAGAAGAGUUUGUGCCUUUUAUUUAUACCAUGAUCUAUCAAGCUGGGAGAUUUGGGAAGAUCUUUUCUUAGUGCUUAGGUCUGUGAGUGAAAGAGAUGACAUUCCUGAGGAGAUUGUUGUGAAAACAUUGCAGUCUUGUUCUAUGGCAGUCAUUUUUUACUAUAAGAAUUUGAAUGGGAAGAAUCCUGAUCUAGAAGAAAUGAAGAAUCUGAGACUCAAGCUGGGUUUUUUGAUGCAAAGUUUUCAGGAGUAUUUGUUCCAUGACUCUGAUCACAUCAAGGAGCAGGCUUUUCUGGUUCUAUGUGAUCUAGCCAUCAUUUUCAGUCCUAACAUUGCUGAAGACAACCCACUCCUGAUGCCAAUUGUUUUUAAUGUAGAUACAAAGUUGACCUCAUACCUGACAGAGUUUCUGCUGAUGAAAGUUUUUGUAGAAGAUGCUGAAGAUACUGUCUCAGAAGCUAUGAAGCACAAAGAGUUAACAAAAAGAAGAAAUUUCUUGUCAAGUUUUGCUAAGCUCAUUGUCUACAAAGUCAUUCACAUCAAAGCUGCGGCCAUCAUUUUCAAACAUUACAUCAAGUAUUCUAAAGAGUAUGGAGAUAUUAUCAAGUAUACAUUGACUAAAGCCAGGGAAAACAACAAAGUGGCUACUUCUAAAACUCUAGCAAUCAGUCUUCAACAGAUGUUUCAUGAGCUUCAGGCUGAGCAAGGAGACAUUCAAUGUUCUUCUCCAGCAUUUCAGGCAAUCAAGGAGCUUGGGAAAAAAUUUGCCCUUUCUUUUGGACCAGAUGCCAUUAAGAACAGACAAGCUAUAGCAGCUAUUCAUAUAGAAGGCAUUUUGUUCAGUUUGACUCCACUAGAAAACCCAGACAAAGGGCCUGAUGCUGCUCCACCUAAUAUUACAUUCCUUGAGAUUCUGUGUGAGUUUACCUGCAAGCUGAUAAAACAAGACAGAAAAAAUGUACUUGAGUACUUGGACAAGAUGAUUUCCAAAUCCAAAUCACAUAUGAAAUCUGAUGACUGGCAGCCUUUUUUCAUUUAUAGGAAUGGCUUACUUCAAAGAGAAGAAUCAAGUUCUGCCAGAAGAAAGCACCUUGAAGAAAGUAGUAGCCCAGAAUCCUCCUCAGAAACAAGCUAUGACCUGAGAACACCAAGCCCCCAAGGUUUACAGCCACUAACAUCCACAGUCAGUCGGCCUGCCUACCAGGAUGUGGACUUAUCUCCCAUUACAGAGAUUGAGAGCAUCACUUCUGAGUGAUUUGUUGUCUCCCAUUGCAGAGAUUGAAAACAUUGCUUGCCAGUAAAUUGAAUUAUUGUUGUAAAUGUUGUUUCCAUUAUUGCAUAAGGAUACUUUUAUGUUCAUGGCUCUUGCACAAGAUGUCAAAGAAUCAGGUUUGACAGAAAAAUCUGAGUUUUUCUAAAUAAAUGAUGUAAACUAGGAAUUUAAGGUAAAAAUUGUUUGCAUUAUUUAUCAGUGAAUAUCUACAUAAAACGAUUUCAUUUUUUUCGUGGACCACUAGCAAGGCAUCUGCAUUUACCUUGACCAUCAUGUAUAUAGUGUUUAAAUUGUGUUGAUAUUUAAAUAUUACUAUUGGCUUACUUUGUUAUAUUUAUAUUUCAUUACAUUUGUAUUUUAUUACUGUUGGUUUAUUUUGUUACAUUUUACAUAAAACAUGUUACUAUGUCUUGUAUACAUUUUCAAAUGUCUUUAUGGAGUGUUUGGAUGUUUUUUUAAUCUUUAUGUUUUUCCUUUUUUUAAAAAAACAACUUAUAAUCAUUUUAGUGUUUACAAGUUGUUCUCAACCAGCCCACAAUUUUUGUUACAUGUAAUAAAAAUUUAUUUGAACACAAUGGUGAUUAUUUACUCGUUUGAUGCAAGUGUCUGGGAAAACUGGGAUUGUACAGUAUUUUCAUGCCUAUAACCCAGCAUAAAAUACAAAAAGCAUGACUUGCUGUAAACUACCGGUAUAUAAAGUUGUUGCAUAUCAUGGUAUUUUAAAGAUGCUAUGCUACAUUGGUACUAUUUGUUUUCUUGAUGUUUAUAAUGAGAUGUUUUUAAAGCUUUCCACUAUUCAUUUCAAAUCCAAGCUGUUAACUAUAUGAGGUAUAAAAUACCCGCUGGUUUACCAUAGCU